CUCUUCCUCUUCCUCCCCGUCUCGUGCUUCGCAUUGCAACCAAUCCAAAACGGCAAUAACCCUCCCUCCCAGACUCCCAGUCCCAGAGAAGAUCAUUCAGCCAUCAGCGCUUCUUCAGCGGGAGGGAAGACGAGACGAGGCGUAAACGUAACCUCGCCUCCCCCACAUGGCCUGGGCGCGCCUCGCCUCCCGCUCCCGUCUCCGCCCAGCCGCCUCCUCCGCCGUCAGCCGAGCCCCACGCGCCUCGCCGCCGGCUCCGCCUCCGCCUCCGCAGGCGGGACACGCGGCCCGCGCCGCACCGCCCCUCCGGAGGCUCCUCCGUCUCCCUCAACUCCAUUCCGCCGCCGCGGCGUCCUCGGCGUCGCACGCGCGGCGGCUCGGCGACCGAUGGCAGCGCCUGGGGGUAGCGAGGAGGUGGCUCAGCGACGCAUCCGCGGCGGCGGAGGCGGCGGAGCUGGUGGAGGUGCCACUGGCGCAGACUGGGGAAGGCAUCGCCGAGUGCGAGCUGCUGCGCUGGUUCGUGAACGAGGGUGACCAAGUAGAUGAAUUCCAGCCACUCUGUGAAGUACAGAGUGACAAAGCAACUAUUGAGAUAACAAGUCGUUUCAAGGGAAAAGUACAUCAGAUUCACUUUGGCCCUGGUGACAUAGUGAAGGUUGGUGAAACUUUAUUGAAAAUGAUUGUGGGUGACAGCCAAAUUGUAUCUCCAGAUAAUAUAUUUCCAUCCGCUGAUAAGUCACUUGAAGAAGAGCCUGCAGUUCCUUCAAGUGAAGGCAAUAUUCCUAGUGGAACUCUCUCUACACCAGCUGUUAGACAUCUAGCAAAGCAGUAUGGGCUCAACAUAAAUGAAAUCGUUGGAACAGGUAAAGAUGGUAGGGUUUUGAAAGAAGAUGUGUUGAAUUAUGCUGUCAGCAAGGGUCUUUACAAAGAACAAUCGUCAUCUUUGGAAGAGAACAUUGGUCUAAUUGACUUACUGGAGGAAGGGAAAUCAUUACCUGAUGUACCCUUCUAUGAAGAUAAGAAGAUUCUUCUCAGGGGAUACCAGAGAGCAAUGGUCAAAUCAAUGAGCCUGGCUGCCAAAGUUCCACAUUUUCAUUAUCUGGAGGAAAUAAAUUGUGAUUCUCUUGUAAAACUGAAGAAAGCAUUUCAAAAUGAGAAUAAAGAUAAUACUAUCAAGCACACUUUCCUUCCGUUCCUCAUAAAGUCACUCUCUAUGGCACUGAAUAAAUAUCCUAUGUUGAACAGCUCUUUCAUUGAGGAAACCAAUGAAGUUAUUUUGAAAGGAUCCCACAACAUUGGGAUAGCAAUGGCUACAGCACAUGGUUUAGUCGUGCCAAACAUCAAGAAAGUGCAGUCACUAUCAAUAUUGGAGAUCACAAAGGAAUUGGCGCGAUUGCAUGAGAUGGCAUCACACAACAGGCUAAGCGCUGCAGAUAUUGAAGAUGGCACCAUAACACUUAGCAACAUAGGCGCCAUUGGUGGCAAGUUCGGCUCUCCACUUCUGAACCUGCCUGAAGUUGCCAUCAUUGCCCUCGGGCGCAUUCAGAAGCUUCCUCGCUUUGAUGAUGACGAAAACGUUUACCCUUCAUCCAUAAUCAAUGUUACUGUUGGAGCCGAUCACCGAGUUGUUGAUGGGGCCACGGUUGCAAGAUUCUGUAAUGAGUGGAAGGGCCUCGUGGAGGAGCCAGAGCUGCUCUUGCUGCAUAUGCGAUGAUCCAGUAAGAUACCUGAUGCGAGGGAUUGCUCAAAAUUUCUGAAGAUAAGUUGAAAUGGAGGCAUUCCGGCAUCGCAACUUCACACCGAAAGACUAUUGCGAAUUGCGAGUCACUUGCGUUUGUAUACAAAUUAAUAAUCAGCGCAGCUUCUCCCCUGCAAAUAGGGAUCGCAUCCUGUACAUGACCGUACACCUUUGCAAUAAAGCGGGGGUUAUUUUUUUUGUUCAGAGUAUAAGAUCUUAUGUACACA